AUGGCUGCCACUGAGAAACGCCCUGAGAUCAUCGAGCUUGCUCGGGGAUUGGCAGGAGUGCCCUUGUGCGAGGACUAUGAUCGUAUGAUAUCUGGAAUGAUGUAUAACCCCAAUGUGCCGAAACUGUUAGAAGCACGGCAUCUGUGCCGGGGACUUACCGCAGACUUCAACAACCUGGAUACAAAAACCGUGACAUAUGACAAGAUCGGCGACAAACGUCUUGAGUUAUUGCGGAAACUCGUCGGCAGAGUUGGAGAUGGAACAUUCGUCGAGCCACCAUUCUUGCCGGACUACGGUUGCAAUACUGUCAUCGGAAAGGAUUGCUUCUUCAACUGGAACGUUACUAUACUAGAUACCAGCCUAGUGGUCAUCGGCGACCGUGUGCAGAUUGGUACUGGAGUAAGUAUUAUCACUGCUGGUCAUGAUACCAGCAUUCUUUCUCGCCGCAAGUUCGUCGAGUUUGGUCAUCCGAUCUUUAUCGAAGACGACUGCUGGAUUGGAAGUAACGUGAUUAUUCUUCCUGGUGUGCGAAUCGGCCAGGGCUCAACGAUUGGAGCCGGGUCUGUUGUCACCAAGGAUAUCCCGCCGUUCUCGGUCGCCGUUGGCACCCCUUGCCGCGUGAAGAAGACAGUCCCAUCGGCGGAGGAAGAGGAGCAGGAUCCUAAUAACCAAUACGUCAAGUUGACUCGUGAAGACCGAUAG